AUGGGCUGCUGCAAGAAGGGAUGCUGCUCACCCAAAGUGCAGGCCAUUGUGGGGCUGUGCGCAGCACCACUAAACCUCACAAUCCUGAUCUGGGGGAUCACGGAGAAAGUGCGAUGGACGCCCUUCUACGUGCCAAUGGAGUGCACCACGCCGCCCCCUGACGGCUUGAGGCUAUCAGGCCUGAGCAUGCCUUCCCCGCUCGCAGAGGGAAGGGGCCUGCUGCCCGGGUCUCCCCCCUACGGCCUUUAUGUGAACAAGACGGUCACCACUGCUUGCACCAACCCGGGCCAAGCGAAGAUGACCACCUUGGCUGCAGGUUUCGAGGUUGUCGAGUUGGCUCCGAACGCCACGGACAUGGCCAGCGGUGGCGUCGGCUUGCCGUACUCGCAGAGUGGCACAUCGCGCUUGGCUGGCGAUGCGGUCUACCCCAUCGGUGGCCGGGGCGAGAUGGUGAUGGAGGUGGCGACAGCAAGGGUCUUGGACGACGUUCUAGCAGUCCUGGCUCCGGAAGCCACGGCACGCGGCUACUCCGUCAUGGGCACCUAUAGUUUUGUGGCUCCUACGAAGGCACACCGCGGCACACCGCGGCACACCGGCACACAGCGACUGUCUGGUGCCAAAGCUGGACUCCUCUGGGGCUCCCCUGGUGCCAGAGUCCAUGCCCAGUUGAAUGCGGCUGCCAUGGGGAUCCAGGUGGUGAGCCGGCCGGAAUGCGCGUCGUCGCUUGGCCUUCCCAAUGGCACGCUGUGCAACGUCAUCGAGGCGCCAGGCCUGGACUCGGCCACGAAGCGGCCCCGUGCCAUCGAGACCGCCAUGUCGCUGACCACGGAGGCCGAAGCCCGGAUGACCGAGGCUCUUGCCGCGGCGGAGUCGGCCGUGACCACGAUGAUUUGGAUCACGAUCGUUUGCAACUCCAUUUUCUUCCUGCUCAACCUGUCCUCCGGCCUCUUCAACCUCCGGAAGCACUUGAGGGCGAAUGCUCCAAAGGCCUCGAGCCAAGGAGCUGCUCCACCAACCUUAGCCACGAAUGAUUUCGACACUAAGGCGUAG